ACUGCCUCUCGCGAGAUUUGAGAAAGGACGCGUAGCUCCAAAGUGGUUGUUUGAUGCAGCAGCAAAGGAAGCCAAGAAGCUGGGCCGAGACCACCUGGUCGUCGUAGGUAGUACUGAAGGCAUCCGCUAGUCGAGCCGGCCGGCAGGCGUCACUUCCCUCUUCCCCACAGGAGCGUGCGGAGGUGCGAGGCGAGCCUCCUUGCUGAUUCCUCCUCGCGUCGUCGUAUCCCGUGCGUUCACGCAACGCCGGCAUUUUCCUCCCCCCGAAGAUGAUACCUGGCAAACGCCGAACCGCAGCCAUGCCCUUCCCGGUGGCGAUAUUCGGAGCCCUGAUGUUGCACGCCGUCUCCUCGCAAAACGAGCCAUCUAUUGCCGCUUCUGAGCACACGUCCCUUCCCAUAGAAGGCCACAGUCUCCCUUUCACUCUGCAAUGCAACCUGACCAGCAGCGACAGUGCCCUCCUGGAGAGCUACUGGAUGAAAAAUGCGGAGGAGAUCCCAGAAACACGCACUACAAAUAGGAGCACAGAGUACAAGCUGAAUAAACCGAGAGGAGAUGAUGCCGGCGUGUACAUGUGUGUGUUCACUUUUGAGAUGUCUCCUGCUGCCAACACCACCGUCGAAGUUAAAGCUGCUCCAGAGAUUACGGGCCACAAGCGUAGUGAGAAUAAGAACGAAGGCCAGCGUGCUUUGCUUUACUGUAAGUCUGUGGGCUACCCUCAUCCCGUCUGGACCUGGCGCAAACUUGAGAACGGCAUAUAUCGGGAAAUUGACAACGCAUCCGGACGCUUCUCCAUCAGCAGCAAAGACAAUUACACUGAGCUCAGCAUCACCAAUCUGGACAUCAAUUUGGACCCGGGCGAGUACCAGUGUAACGCCACCAAUUUGAUUGGGAGCAGUGACGAGAGGUCUGUGCUGAGAGUCCGCAGCCAUUUGGCCCCGUUAUGGCCUCUUUUGGGGGUGUUGGCUGAGAUCAUCAUCCUGAUUGUGAUCAUUGUUGUUUAUGAGAAGCGUAAGAAGCCCGAGGAUUUACAAGACGAUGAUGACCCAGUUGGACCACUGAAAACCAAUUCAACCAACAACCACAAAGACAAGAACCUGCGCCAGAGGAAUACAAAUUGAGCUGCCUGUCUGCAGAAUGACAUUACACAUUUAUUGACCACGUGAAGGUAAACGACAACGGAACGGACGCCAGUUGUUCAUAGUAUUUAUUUGCCAUUCAAAGGCUGGUUGUAGGGGAGAUGAAUGAGGCAUGCGUUGCGUAUAUGAUUUUAUUGUGUCUGGUGCGAGAUGCUCAUUUUCAUUCAUAUCAUUAUGGGAUUGUUAAUAUAACCAUUGGUACUGCAUGCCAACAGUGACGUGUGUGAUUUAGUUGCCCUCGCACUCUUAUUCGCUUCUUUUACUCUUUUACUACUUAAAAAGAAUUGCAUGCAAGAUGUUGACCCUCUUUUUGAGACAGGACUCUGUUCUGUAUUUUUAUUUUCUCUAAGAGUGGCUUCAUGUAGAUAAUCUCUUCUGUACGUUUCUAAACAGAAAAACACCACAUUUGGGCGGUGUAGAAAAUGGCGCCAUCAUCAAAUAUGGCGGUUUUUGUACGUUUCAUCAUGCAGCUGCAUAUCAUUACCUAAGAGUCAUCAGAAUAUUAGUAUUACAUUUCAAGGGCUUUGCAAUGUCCCUCUAAAGGUUCAAUUGAUGUCAUUGUAUUGUAUGUAUCAACUCACUAUAGCUAUGUACUCAUAUAAAUUGUAUGAUGCACUUAAAUGUGGACGAUAACGAGAAACUGUAUAAACCUUUAUGAAAUCUGUAACAAUCAUUCUAACAUUAUGUCAUGACAGUGUGUAUUGUACAGCAUGGCUUUUAUCCUAUGCAACUAAUGUCCAUAUCAAUUUGUUGACAAACCAUAGCAGCUUUUACUUUUUCCCUUUCUUUUUUUUUUUUUUUUUUUUUGUAUGUGACAAAGCUUUAAACAAAUAGGAUCACCCAUAGAGCAUAGAAGUUAAGAGUACACAGCUGCAUGGAUUCUGUACAGCGGACGUAAUUUGAACAGCUUGCGAAGCAAAAUCUCGAGUCAUUUUUAAGAAUAAACAUUUUUUGGGGGAAAAAAAGA